GGGCGGGGCCGGGUGCUGUCGGGGCCCGAAGCCCAGAGCACCCCCUCCGCCCCCCGCGCGGCCGUUCUGCUCUGGGCCCCGGUCGGCGUGUCCCGGAGGCGGCGUGGUGGGGGGGCCUCAGGGACACUUUCCUCGGGGAGCCCCCGUUCUCACCUGCGGAGCGGAGUGCCGCUGCCUGUGUCGCCGAGCUCGCCUGGCCCGUAGGGAUUAGUGAACCUGAGUGGCUGGUAGGACGUUGACAGCUUCCCCUUGGGGUACGGACACAUCGACGGUUUCUGGGGCCGGGCCCCAGUAGUUGGGUCACGCUGCGGCAUCUGGUUCUCGGCAGCGUCGGGGGAGGUGGUUUUCACACACCUGAUGGGACAGGCCUGGCAGGCAGUGUGCUCGCGCGGGGCCCUGCCAUCAGCCCCCUCGUUGUUGGGGAGCAGUGCUUAGUUUCCUCCCUGGGUCCUUGUUAGUUACUUCUUGUUAGUUAGGACUCAGUUUACAGGUGGUCCCUGCGGAGGCCUCCCUGCUGUCCCCUGGGCGCUCUUCCUGACUGCUCACCUGUUUGCUGUUCAUGUCUGAGAACAGGCUCCAGGCACAGGGAGGGAGGGAGGCAUCCCGGGAGGGAGGGUACAGAUGUGUCACACCGCAUCCGAAAGUGCGUUUGACCGAACUGUUUGGGGUUGUACAGUGUGGGGGUGCCUGUCCACCCCGGCCUUGACAUGUGGUCGCGAUAGGUGCUCAUGCAGCCCAUCUCACCUGUGCGAAGUGCAUGCACUGGAUUAGGGCUGGACCUGCUCACCAGACGUCAGACUUGGCCAGAUGGGAUUGUAGUGAGAGCCUGGAGGCCACAAAGGGCUGCCUUGCAGGGGUCAAGGGCUUGCGCUGGUGGAUGUGCCCCUCAGCCUUUCUCUCUUCUUGCAGCUCAGAGCUCGGGUGCCGUGGAGGAGAUUCUAGACCAGGAGAAUGUGCGGAUGGCUGACAGCCUGGCCUCCAAGGUCACCAGGCUCAAAUCGCUGGCCCUGGACAUCGAUAGGGAUGCAGAGGACCAGAACCGGUACCUGGAUGGCAUGGAUUCGGAUUUCACAAGCAUGACAGGCCUGCUCACGGGGAGUGUGAAGCGCUUUUCCACAAUGGCGCGGUCCGGGCGAGACAACCGGAAGCUGCUGUGCGUGGUGGCCGGGGGCCUGAUCGUGGCCUUCUUCAUCCUCUCCUACCUCCUGUCGCGGGCAAGGACGUGAGCCAGUGGAGCCGGCUCCUGUGGGUACCUGGGGCAACCGGGUCUUCCCUUGCCUGGUGUCCCGGCUCCAGAGGACCUGCUACAAAAUACUUCUUUGCAAUGGUGAUCGUGGCUUAGGAAUCUUCUUCCUGUGUGGCUGGGAGACUCACUGGCUGCCUCUGACUCUGAGCUGUGUAGGCUGGUGCCAUGUGUACAGGGGCCUCAGGUGCUUGAGGCACCGACAGCCUCGUCUAAGCAGAGCAGCUGGAAAUCCUGGACAUGGCCACCUGUGGCCAGCAGCCUUUCCCCAGCCCUGAGGGCUCUGACAUCUCAAGGCUCCUCUAUCCUGUCCUUGUCAGGGUAAGGCCGCAUCUGGUCUCUGAGGUGCCUGGAUCAGACACAGGAAGGAGGUGAAGCUGUGAACCUCAAAUCAGCACUGUCCUCCACCUGAGUCGCAGCCCAGGGAUGGCAGUUUCUCUUGGCCAGGGCGGCCGAGCAUGGGUAGGCCAGUGCUGAGGGCCCACCGCUUGGCCUCUACCUGCCUUCCAGUCCCACAGCCGAAGUCAAAUCUUCAGGAAGGGUAGGUGGUGCAGAUGAAGGAGUGGACUGCAGUGCUGGCUGGAGGCCCUGGGCCCGAUCUUUCUGGAUCUCAUGGCUGUGUAUCUAAGAGCCAAAAUCCACAUUUUCUCAGGAUUGAGGAUCUACCUAAAGGUGUAUUUCCUAGAGACCAGGUCUCUAGAAGCACAUCCCUCUGGUGGCUCUGAGUCAGGCAGUGUGUGUGUGUAUAGAGUGGGCUUCUGUGGGUCUUGGCAGGAGGACCCAUAGGCUACUUUUUGAGGGUCCCUGGGUAGUUUUCUGUCCACCAAGCCAGGCCAUUCCUCCCACAGGGAGUCUCCCUGCGCUGUGAGGGAGCUCUGAGCCAGACCCUCAUCCCCAGCUUCUGCAGACUGUCCUUCCUAACCACCUUUUCCUAGGCCCCUAACUGACCACUUGUCCAACCUUGCAAGCAUACAAAGCAAAUCCCAGGUCCCAGCCAGGCCAGUGGCUUCUCACCCCACAGGGAAGUCCCAGCGCCUUUGUCUUUACAUAGAAACACUUACUGGCUCUGUGUCCUUCCCUGUUCUCGUUCCCGUACUUUGCCUCUCCAUCACUCCCAUUG